CUGCUGGGCGAUGACGUGCCCUGACUGCCCUCCCAUCCGCCUCACACCAUCCUGUCAGCCAGAGGUUACACCAGCCGGGAUAACGCUCGCAAAUAUGUGAUUGUGUACCAAUACUACAGCCAGUUCGGUGUUUGGGUUGUUUUGUGCGGCUGUCUACAACAUCUCACCGCUGGUAAAUAAGCAACGUGUGCGUCGGAGCAGCUUCUGUAUUUCCAAGGUUUCUUGUGGAGGUUGUUGGACGGGACAGCGGGACCAUCGACUGAGUUCCCGGCGCAUUGCUCUAACCCCAUCCCAGCGAUGCUGCCCUGCCUGCGUAUUGUCCUGCGGCCCGCCUUCUCUCUGAGAGCCGGGACUGCGUUGGCCACAGCCGGACUCAGCAACCACCAAACACCCGCCAUAGCAUCCUGUGCACGUUUCGCCCCAGAGCCUCCUCUCUCCAUGCUGGUGCAGCGGCGUAACCUGGGCACACACCCGAUGAAGGAGCCCGUGGAUCCCCUCGACUCGCCCCGCGGAGCCAAGGAGUUUAUUUAUACUCUCCAUCCUUCUGAGCGAAGCUGUCUGCUGAGAGAGCUGCACAAGUUUGAGUCCAUAGCCAUAGCUCAAGGGCAGCUGGAAGUUGCACCACCUACUUCAGCAGAGUUAAGAUAUGUUCUGCUGCACAAUGCUAUCCCUUUCGUUGGAUUUGGAUUCCUGGACAACUGCAUCAUGAUCGUUGCUGGCACACACAUUGAGUUAUCCAUCGGCGUGGUCCUUGGCAUUUCAACUAUGGCAGCUGCUGCCCUUGGCAACCUGGUGUCUGAUCUGGCAGGUCUAGGGCUGGCAGGUUACGUGGAGGCCUUGGCGUAUCGGCUGGGAAUGAAGAUUCCUGACUUAAGCCCAAAACAGGCUGACAUGUGGCAGACCAGAGUCAGCUCUCACGCGGGCAAAGCCAUUGGUGUUGGCAUCGGCUGUAUCCUCGGCAUGUUUCCUCUUUUCUUCAUCAAGGACGAUGAUGAGAAGAAAAAAGGCCAGUCGGGAGAAAAGGAGAAGAUUCAACCACCAACAGAGAGCAGCUAAAACUUUAAUCUCGCCGGAGACGAAUACUAUUUGCAAUCCAUUAGAAACUAUAAACUGGGACUGAUUGCGUGGACUGCAGUGUAUGGAAAUGUCAUUGAACCCAUUACAGUCUAAUCACAAGGUACCCAGUCAAACUAUCAAAGGUAUUCUGAAGAGGAUUUUAGAUAUUAUUUGAUUGUACACUUUGAACUUAAGCACAGGGACCUGACCGUCUCUUGAAGAGACAAUUAAUGGUUGAUUCAUUGGACUGCUGCUACUCCAAAUAUUGCACCAAAACCUCACUUUGUCUUGACUGACCGACACGAGCUGAAACAAAUUUAUCUUAAACACACAGCAGUGGCCUCUUUCUCUCCUCUCCUCUGCUCUGAGUCUGUUGAAUAUAUAUAUAUAUAUAUAUUCAUUAUAUAAAUCUCUCACUCUAGAUGCUUAGAUGGCAGGCAAGGGUAAUUGACAGUUUGAGGGCUCACAAAAAUAUCAACAAACUUCGGUACCAAUGCAAGAAGAAAAACACAAGAUCAGAAAAGAAAAUACCGUAAAUGGCAUUUUGACGUUUGUCAGAAAUCCUGAUAACUUAUGGAGGAAGACUGAACAAAGAGGCAUGCCUUGUUUCAGCAGUGUUAAACUAAUUUCUUAUCUGCUUUUGAGAGUGAUGAGCCAAGGAAAGAGGGACAGUUUUGCAUAUAAAGAUGCACCCUUCCACAUCAAGUACAUUACUCUUCGUCUUGCACGCAUGUAUGCCUUUUGAUGAUGUCAGAGUCUUAAAAAGUCCCGCCUGCCUGCCUCAUUCAUAUUCCAUGAUAACCAUUCGGCUGCUCUUUGUGAAAAUGCUCAUUACCUCUUUAGAUUUUUAUGUUUGUUGUUGGUGAUAAACGUCAUAUAGAUCACCCAAAGCAGUAACAUGCACCAAGUGUCUCCCAUGUAUACUGAAUGUAACAAGGUAGGUGCAGUUCAACAAAAUCUUUUAAAGAGGAGUUUGUAACUUUCCUCAGAGGAUGAGACUGUGGCAGAAAGAUAAGAAAUGCCAACACUGAACCACCUGAGUCCUCUGCCCCAUUGGCAUCGACCCUCUGGCUCCAAUACCUGAUGAUUUAUCUCCCCACCAGCCUGCAGCUUAACUACAACACAGCCUCCCCCAUGCUCGGUGAGAUAGCAGCAGGCCUCUAGUCCAGUUUCUGUUAUGUAAGGGCAGCCUGGAAAUACUCUGCUCAGUGGAUAGUUUCAAUUAGAUUUUUGUUAACCGGUUUCCAUUCUGUAAAAAAGCUGUUACUGCUUUAAAUAAGACACAAUUACAUGUUUUCCCAUACCUAAUAAUAUAUUAUAUAGGCUCUGCUGCCCUCUGCUGGCUGACAUUCGGUUUACACCGUAUACUAUACUGUAUAUCAUAGGCAAUUUGCUUUUUCUGUUUAGUAUUGAAGCCCAUCAUUGCCUAGUCACUAGGUUCAUCUGGCUAUAAUUGCUCAUGUUAUCAUUAUAACUAUUGUUCUUAUUCAUUGUUCUUAUUGUUAUACGCAAACCAAGUCAUCAGCCAGACAUGAAAAAUGAAGGCAAAUCCAAAUUCAGCUGUCACUGAUUUCCUAAUUUAUGUUUUGAAUAGUUGUGCGUGUCACCUGCUCAGCACAGGUUGCUCAUGUCUUCAGUAGAACUGAAGACUGUUUGGAGGUUGAAGAAAUGAAAGGAAGCAGCCACGGGUCACUGAAUUGAAUUUCCUUGCAGAAAAUGUAUUUAGAUAUAAGAUAUAAAAUUGUUCUAGUUAUUUAUUAUGUGGGUAACCGUGAUAACAAUGAAGAAAAGAAUUGAACAUAUUUAUGUAGUUAGGAUUUUUGAUCUGAUUGCUUGAUUUCCCCCGUGCAUGCACUGCUAAUAAAAGAAACCCUAUUGUACA